AAACUAAGAAAUAGUCCACCUGAUUUCACGUAACCAUGUGUGGCAUUUGUUGUUCUGUCAGCUUUUCUAUUGAACAUUUCGGCGAAGAUUUGAAAGAGGACUUGCUGUGUCACCUUAGACGACGGGGACCCGAUAGCAGUGGACAGUUGUUGAAGUCGAAUGCGAACUACCAGUGUUUAUUUUCGGGGCACGUCCUUCACCUAAGAGGGGUGUUGACUGCCCAGCCGCUGGAAGGGGAGAGGGGCGACGUGCUCCUGUGGAACGGAGAAGUCUUCGGUGGAGUGCAGGUGGACGCCGAAGAGAAUGACACUCAGAUCAUGUUUAACUGUCUUUCCUCUUGUCAGAAUGAGUCUGACAUCGUGUCACUCUUCUCGGAAGUUCAGGGUCCUUGGUCUUUUAUCUAUUACCAAGCAUCUAAUCAUCAUCUGUGGUUUGGUAGGGAUUUUUUUGGUCGCCGGAGCUUGCUGUGGCAUUUUAGUAACUUGGGCAUGAGUUUCUGCCUCUCUUCAGUUGGCUCCCACACAUCGGAAGUGGCCAACCCAUGGCGAGAAGUUCCAGCAUCUGGAAUUUUCAGAAUUGAUCUCAAAUCUACUUCCGUCUGCAAAUCUGUGGUUUUAAAAUUGUAUCCUUGGAGAUCCAUUUCUAAGGAGAACGUUCUCAAAGACUGUGACGAUAGCCUGGCUCAGAUUUCAGCGAGCCUGCCACCGUUUGUAUCCGUGGCAGCAAACGAAGCCAGACUGUGUCUGAAAGAACCUGUCGCUCCUCUGAACGUGCUGCUGCCCCCGGCUCCAGCUGCUGCCCUCCGCGCCGGCACUGCCAGCUGCCCUCCCGCGGGAGACACGCUGCGGGCCCUGCUGACGGACGCGCGCACGCAGGAGGUGGUGGGGCGGUUCCUCGCUGUGCUGAGCAGCGCCGUCAGGCGGCGCGUCCUGUGUCUGCCUCGGGAGGCGGCCCGGCCACCGGGCGCCGUGUUGGGAACUCGUGACCGGAAAGCAAAGGUGGCAGUCCUGUUCUCCGGGGGUGUUGACUCCAUGGUCAUUGCAGCCCUUGCUGACCGUCAUGUUCCUUUAGAUGAGCCCAUUGACCUGCUGAACGUGGCUUUCAUGACGAAAGAAAAGGCCGCCCCGGCCAGUUCCAACAGCAAAGGGAGGAAACAGGGAAACUGCGAAAUGCCGUCUGAGGGAUCGACUCCUGAUGCUGCUGCCGGUCCUGAAAAGGGAGCCGGUGCCCCCGACCGAGCCACGGGCCGAGCGGGCCUGAAGGAGCUGCAGGCCGCCAGCCCGGCCCGGGCCUGGAAUCUGGUCGAAAUUAACGUUUCUCUGGAAGAACUGCAGGAGCUGAGAAGAGCUCGCAUACGCCACCUGGUCCAGCCCUCGGACACGGUGCUGGACGACAGCAUCGGCUGUGCCGUCUGGUUUGCUGCCCGGGGAGCUGGCUGCCUGGUGGCCCCGGAGGACAUGAGGCCGUAUCGGAGCCAGGCAAAGGUCGUGCUGACCGGGAUCGGUGCGGACGAGCAGCUGGCAGGCUACUCCCGCCAUCGUGCCCGCUUUCAGAUGCACGGCCUGGAAGGACUGAACAAGGAGAUUGAGAUGGAACUGGCUCGGAUCUCUUCUAGGAACCUUGGCCGUGAUGACAGAGUGAUUGGCGACCAUGGAAAAGAGGCAAGAUUUCCUUUCCUGGAUGAAAAUGUUGUCUCCUUUCUGAAUUCCCUACCAGUUUGGGAAAAGGCAAACUUGACUUUACCCCGAGGAAUCGGCGAGAAACUGCUUUUGCGUCUUGUAGCCAUGAACCUUGGUCUCACAGCCUCUGCUCUGCUGCCGAAACGGGCCAUGCAGUUUGGGUCCAGAAUUGCAAAACUGGAAAAGAGUAAGGAAAAGGCAUCUGAUAAAUGUGCAAGGCUCCAAGUCACUUCCUUAGAAAACCUUUCUAUUGAGAAGGAGACUGAAGCAUAAUAUUCCACAAUGUAAUAACAUUCACUAAAUGGUGAUACAACAAUAAAACCUGCUUUGUUAUUGUA